GAGAGCACUUUAGUGGUGAAAUUAGAAGACAAGUGCGAUUGAGUAUCGGGACGAUUAUUUCUGGUCUCUGAUGUUCCGAGCAAGGCAUCUCGAAUUGAUAAUCUAAUAACAAACGUUAAUAUUUGUUAUUUGGGUAUAUCAUUUCUGAUAUCAAUUUCGUUGUGAACCAGCUUAUUUGUGUCCAGAGGACCUUAUUUGGUCACUAAGAAAUGGCUUCUGCCCUCAUCACAUUCAAUUCAAUUGCACCCUCUUCGCGUGCUUCAUCAAUAAUUGGCAGCACAAGGUCCCGGGUUCAAAUUCCACAAGGAAUCCUACGUAUUACUGCAAACCCGGUAAGAAGUCAGUGUAGGGUUUCUGCCAGAAGAAGGCUGACCUCUGUGCGAGCGGUUACAGAAGCAGCAACUGUUGCUUCUGAAAGUCUCAAGCCAGCAAUUUUACUAUCUGAGAAUGCAUUGAAACACUUGAAUAAAAUGAGAGCUGAGAAAAAUGAGGAUUUGUGUCUUAGAAUUGGAGUGAGACAGGGUGGUUGCUCUGGCAUGUCUUAUAUUAUGGAUUUUGAGCAAAGAGCUAAUACGAGGCCUGAUGAUUCAGUUAUUAACUAUGAUGGCUUUACAAUUGGGCUUGGAUGGUGCUUGAAAUUUGACCACUAUUCCUGACCAGAUUCUAAAGACAUGGGAUAUGAAGUGUGUUAUGUAUUCGGGAUCCAGCUGGCAAUUCAAGAGUUUAUAUAGCUAUUCCCACACUUCCUAGGAUCUUAUAGAGCUCAUAAUAUAUACUUAUAGGGUCAAGUUUAUCUUGCUUGUUUUCCUUCAAAGUUUUUUAUUUAUAAGGUUGUAGUCUCAAGAAUGUUCAAUAGCUCGCUCUGGUGUUGAUCCUUCUGUGACCUCAUUCUUUCUUGAUCUAAUUUGAUGUUCUCCAUUAGAUGAUAUGAUAAUUGUUGGGUUUACACUUGAAAAUCCUUGGCAAAUGACACUUGAGUGUCUUCAAUGGUUAAAUGAAUUGGUAAACAUGUAUCAUACUUACAAGAGCUUUAAAUGAUAAUAUUUGUUAGAAUAUUGUCAUUGAUGUCAAAA